GACACAACGAUGGAUGGGCGGGUCUUCUGCUCAAGAUGGAAACCGUCUUGAGUGACCCACCCACACCCGCUGUAAGCCUGAAACGUCGAAACGCACACCAGCAGCAAGACGACUCGGCGGCGAGCACCAAGAAGAAGAACGCUAACAGGCCCCAACCAUGAGCUACCCUGGAUACCCUCCUCAGGCCGGUGGAUACCCACCACAACCUGGUGCUUACCCACCCCAAGCAGGUGCCUACCCUCCUCAGCCUGGUGCCUACCCACCCCAGGCGGGAGGCUACCCACCCCAGGCGGGAGGCUACCCACCCCAGGCGGGAGGCUACCCGCCCCAGGCCGGAGGCUACCCGCUCCAGGCAGGAGGCUACCCGCCCCAGCCGGGGGGCUACCCGCCCCAGGCGGGAGGCUACCACCCACCCCAGGCGGGAGGCUAUCCACCGGCACCUCCGCAAGGCAGCUGGGGAGGUGGGCCAGCUGGCGGGUAUCCCUCCAUAGGUGUGGACAACCUCACCAACCCCGGAUAUGGCAUGGCCAACCAGAUGUGCCAAGGCAUAGGGUGUUUUUCUCCAAACCCAUCCAUGUACGCCCAUGCCCCAGGGGGGUACCUGGCUUUCUAUCCACCAGGCGGGUACGGUGUCCUUAUCCCUAACCAACAGUCAUAUGGCCUGUACCCACAGCCAGGAGGAAACAUGCCCCAAGGCCCAGGGAUGGGAUACCCUGGCCACCCUAUGCCCGGUUACCCUCGUGCACCAUCUCCCAACCCCACUGGGUAUGGAGCAGCACCGGCACCUAUGCCAGGAUACCCAAAGGUCCCUUCUCCGAAUCCAUCGACGCAAGCCUAUGGAGGCGGAGCCAUGCCAAUAGCCCCACCUGUCAAUAAAGGCUUCAGAGGGACAAUCAAGGACUUUCCUGGAGCGGACCCACUCAAAGAUGUGGAGGUCCUGAGGAAGGCCAUGAAGGGCUUUGGAACUGAUGAGCAGGCCAUCAUUGACUUGCUGGGGAGUCGCUCCAACAAGCAGCGUGUUCCUCUGCUCCGUGCCUACAAAACAUCUUAUGGGAAGGAUCUGAUUAAGGACCUCCACUCUGAACUGUCAGGCGACUUUAGGAAGCUGGUCAUGGCCUUGUUGAAGAGCCCGGCUCAGUUUGAUGCCUCCGAGAUCCAUAAUGCCAUCAAGGGUGCUGGAACCGAUGAAGCCUGUCUGAUAGAGAUCCUGUCGUCUCGUUCCAACGCCGAAAUCAAGGAGAUAGCUCGUCUUUACAAAACAGAAUUCAAGAAGUCUAUGGAGGAUGCCAUCAGCAGUGACACCUCAGGACACUUCCGUAGACUCCUGAUCUCUCUUGCACAGGGUAAUCGUGAUGAAAGACCAAAUGUCGACCUUUCACUGGCCAAGCAAGACGCUCAGGCCCUGUAUGCCGCUGGGGAGAACAAGCUUGGGACGGAUGAGUCCAAAUUUAACGCCAUCCUAUGCGCCAGGAGUAAAGGCCAUCUCAAGACAGUUUUUAUGGAGUACCAGAAGAUGUGUGGCAGGGAUAUCGAGAAAAGCAUCAGCAGGGAGAUGUCAGGAGAUCUGGAGAGUGGCAUGUUGGCUGUGGUGAAGUGUAUUAAGAAUACACCAGCCUACUUUGCUGAGCGGCUUUACAAGGCCAUGAAGGGGGCUGGUACUAAAGACACCACUCUCAUCCGAAUCAUGGUGUCCCGUUCUGAGGUCGACAUGCUGGAUAUCCGCCAGGAAUAUGUGAGAAACUAUGGCAAGUCACUGUACACGGACAUCUCCGGAGACACAUCAGGAGACUACAAGAAGCUCCUUCUCAAGCUGUGUGGCGGCAGUGACUGAAGCGAUCACAUUUCAUGUGCCUUCAAUUGUAAUCCGUUUUGGCUUUCUAUUGUCACAGCAAUAUACACUAUACACAAGCUGCAAAAAUUCAUGCCAUGCCAGUGUCCUCUAUGCAAUGUUUACCAUGCUGUAACCUCACAUGGACACUUGGGAUACAAUAGCCACACAAAAGCUUUUAUAUUUUCUACAUACUGAAUAUUUGAGUUAAACUAGGAGUUCCUAUGCAUUACAUGUGAGAAAAAGCUUUAUAUUUUUAAAAUAUAUAUAUUAUAGAUGUGCCUACAUGGGCAGAUAUGUUAUAUCUGGUUCAUCUGUCAAAAGUUUAAUAAUUUUCAACAAUGCAGAAUUUAAAUGUGCCAAAAGUGCCACAACAUAUCACGCCAUGCCAUGUAAUCUCGAUAAUUUAGUCAACUUUGACAUUUUCCUUAUCAUUGUUGUGCUUUGUGGUUAAGGAGCUUGUGAAUGUGGAGCGUCAUAUUUCAAUUAUUUGUCUGGAGUUUUAUAUUCACUCGUCUCAGAAAAUAAACACUUGACGACUGACAA